UCUGCAACUGCAAGUGAAAGGCGCAGCAGAGACUGGUCCCUAGUUUGCAAGAGGGAAGGGAUAAUGUUGAUUACGGUCAGAGAAGUUUCUUCGCUUAGCUUCAACAGAACUCUCAUUCCAUUCGGAUUCUCCAAGCAAAACUUCUCAAAACCCAAUUCCUAUUGUUACGAUUGUUAUAGGACCAAGGAUCAGAAGAAAAACAGCUCCAUUUCAGUAUGUAGAGCUGCUCUUACAGUUCCAACGAAACCCGGCGCUCCUACCAAAUCGUCAUCGUCGAGCUGCGAGAUUUCCUCAUUUGACCCUUUGGGCAUUAGUUCAGACAGAUUAUCAGAGCUGUAUGCUGCUUGGGAUAAUGUUUUGGGCUUCCUUUCUCAAACAUUUGAGAGUUCUUCAGGUACCAGGAAGGAUAGAGCUUCGCCAAAAGGGGUGGCAGCUGCAAUUGAAGACACUCGCAUCGACUUUGGAGAUUUCUUCAAAGGCCCAUUGCCAGGAAAAUUUCUCAAACUCUUAGGAUUUUUGGCCCUGUCACGUCUAGGAAUUUAUAUUCCUCUCGGUGGAGUAAACCAGGAGGCUUUUGUUGGCAACUUGGACCAAAACAGCUUCUUGAGCACUUUGGAUUCGUUUUCUGGAGGUGGCAUUGGUCGACUUGGAAUCUGCUCUCUUGGAAUUGUGCCAUUUAUCAAUGCGCAGAUUGUUUUUCAGCUUCUAACUCAGAUAUACCCUAAGUUACAAGAACUUCAAAAAAGAGAAGGUGAAGCAGGAAGAAAGAAAAUUCAACAGUACACUCGUUACGCUUCAGUUGGAUUUGCCAUAGUACAGGCAGUUGGACAAGUCCUAUUCCUUCGCCCUUAUGUCAAUGACUUCAGCACUCAAUGGGUUCUCUCUUCUGUUAUAUUGUUGACUCUUGGCUCCGUUUUUACAACGUACAUUGGAGAACGGAUCACUGACUUAAAACUUGGAAAUGGCACAUCUCUUUUAAUCUUCACAAAUAUCAUCUCUUACCUGCCAGCAUCAUUUGGAAGGACAGUUGCACAAGCAUAUCAGGAUGGUAACUAUGUUGGUCUUGUUGCCAUCAUCAUUUCCUUCUUCCUUCUGGUCCUCGGCAUAGUGUAUGUUCAAGAAGCUGAGAGAAAAAUUCCAAUUAAUUACGCGUCCAGAUAUACUAGCCAAACUGGUGGACUUCAAAAAUCUGCAUAUUUGCCCUUUAAGGUCAAUAGUUCUGGAGUGAUGCCAAUUAUCUUCUCUACAUCUUCACUAGCUCUUCCUGCUACACUGGCUCGCUUCACUGGUUUAGAAGUGCUGAAAAAGGCUGCAUUAUCCUUGAAUCCUGGGGGUUCUUUCUAUCUCCCAACAAACAUUCUUCUGAUUGCCUUCUUCAACUACUAUUACACUUUCCUACAGUUAGACCCAGAUGAUGUUAGUGAACAGUUGAAGCGACAAGGAGCUUCAAUCCCACUUGUCCGUCCGGGUAAAAGUACUGCAGCAUUUAUAAAAACGGUCCUCAGCCGGAUAUCAGUUCUUGGUUCAGGAUUUUUGGCAAUUUUAGCCGCCGGUCCUGCUGUGAUUGAACAAACAACAAAUCUGACUGCCUUUCGAGGAUUUGCAGGAACGUCAGUUCUCAUCCUUGUUGGUUGUGCUACAGACACUGCAAGAAAAGUUCAAGCAGAAAUAAUCUCGCAAAAGUAUAGGGACAUUGAGAUCUAUGACAUUGGCAAGUACUGAUCAUAAGAGAACAGUCAGAGCACAGCUGGUAAAUGCUGCAGAUAUUUGCAUCUUAAAAGUCAGAAUACAGUUACAGUAAUUAGAGUUUCAACUGAAGAGUUCAUUCGUUGUGUCUAUGUAUAUUCUUGCUCGGCCGAUGGAUAAAUUUUCCUUUAAAGCUUUUUCCCAUGGAUCUUCAUUAUUGUGCUUGACGAGAAGAGAAGCCCUUGAACAUGUAAAAUAGUAUGUAGUAUUGGCGUAUAGUUGCCACAUCAACAUUACAGAAAAUUUGAUUUCUAAAGUUCUAUUGGAUUUUAAGAGAGUAUAGAGAUUGAA